UCCGUUGAGUUUUCAGAACAUUCGAAACAACAUUCGCUUUGUCAAAAUUUUAGAAGAGUUAGAGCGAUCUCUUAGAGGAAAAUCCAAGGCUGUGUGAACUGAAAAAUAUAGCGCUGCCGGAAAUGGACACAACAGUGCCGAUGGGAAUGGUGCCCAGCAAUCUCAAUCCGUUCCUCAAUCCGCGACCCGUUCCGAUACCCGUUACCAAGCCCAGGACGAAAGUGCAGCAGGAUGAGUUGCACGAUGGCGUCUUAGCCUUCAACAAGGAAAAGGUGCCUCCGCCGGCAUCCUCCCGGCUCAGUCCGCUUCGGCUGGCAAUGUGCCAGGUUCGGGACGCGCUGCGAGCUCAGCCCCAUGCCAGUGACAUAAGCCUCUUGAUCUUCACGGCGGCGGCCAGCAGCGAGGAGCACGAGAAGGCGCUCAUCCCGGUGCCACCGCAGUUCCAGGCGGUGCUGGGCUCCGGCUGCCAAGUGGAGCGACUGCGUCAAGCCGUCGCGGACAACUGGCCCUCCUGCCGCCUCAUGCUGGACUGCUCCAGUGCCGACGACCAGAAUGCCGACUUGCUGCCGGACGAUGUGGAUGCCCUGCAUCUGCUGCACUGGAUCCUGGUGGGCACGCCCUCGUCGCCCACUCUGCGCCGCUUGUCGGGCUUGCAUUUGCGCCAACUCUGUCGCGUCCUGGGCCUGGCACACCCCACCGUGGAGCCCGGUCACCUGCUGAGCAUCAGCUAUGAUGGCGUUGAUCAGCGGAUCGGGGAUCCGGGUCCAAGGCCAAGCUACGGCUACCUGGGCCUGCCCUUUAAGUACCUAUAUCGUUUCUUGGCCACUGGACGGCUGGAGCAUCCGCCAGGUGCGCCCAUUCGCUUGUAUGCCCAACUGGAAACAGCCUUGGUUGACUGCGAGGAGCUGAGUUCGCUGCCACAGGAGCAGUCAAGGGACCCAAGCCCACUGUGCUGGCGGAACUCCAAGCUGCAGGCGCCGCAAAGGGCUCUGGUUAUAUGCCAACUGCCCUCCGAGUUGGACGAAUCCAUUGCCCCCCUUUCCCCGGAGAAGCACUUCUUGGAAUACUGUGUGCAGGAAUCGCUCUCCCUGCGACCCUGCUACCUGCUGCUCUUCGACGAUGCGGUGGCCUCCAGCGUAAUGUUCACCUGGCCGGGCAAAUGCGUCAAGCUGGACACGGGUCCUUCGAUGGUCCAGAGGUCGCGUGUCAAGAUCCUGAGAAUGGUCCGGAAUGUGGGCAGUCGACUGGGUGCUGCUAGGCGGGCUUUAGUGGGGCUUUAGCCGCCAUAUAGUUUCCAUGCGGAUAAGGGAUUGUGUUUAAAAUUCUGGUCAGGUGAAGGCCGUCGUUUGAAGUCCUGGACGUGCUCACUCCGGCGAACGGGAGCCACUUAAUGUUUUGUGAAUAAAUAUUUG